UUCUUAAAGAAAAAAUGGCAGUUUAUGAUGCUAUUGUUGUUGGAGGGGGUGUUGUAGGAGCUGCCAUAGCAAGGGAGUUGCAAAGCAGUGGAUUGCAGGUGGUGCUGUGUGAGAAGGAGAAGGAAUGGUUGACUGGAGCUUCAAGUGGAAAUACAGGACAUCUUGGUUCAAACUUCUACUAUACCAGAAGUAGAGCUCCCUUGGAGGCAGAGAUGACCGCUAAAGCGAGAGAAAUAAACCCCAGUUGGUUGGCUGGUCAGUAUAAUGUUCCUGCUCGGAAGGACGGAUUAAUUUAUCUGGCUAGAGGAGAGGAGGAGGAGAAAGCACUGGACGAACUACUCAGUUUAGCAGAGGAAAACAGAAUUAGAACUGUAAGACGGAUUAGUAUUCUGGAGCUGAAGGAACUGGAACCAGGGUUGGAUUGUGAAGGGGUUAGCUCAGCUAUUCUCUCCGAGGAGGAGUACAUCGUGGAUCCAUGGUUGCUCAGUAUGACCCAUAUAUAUGGUUGUGAGGUAUCCGGAGUAGACAUGAAGCUUGAUUGUGAAGUUCAAGGUGCGGAAAAAACCGGAGAUGUUUGGGCCAUCCAAACCAAUCAGGGGAUAAUCAAGGGUAAAUUAGUGUUUAAUUGCGGGGGAAACUACGGGGAUCUUGUGGAAAAACUUGGGAACCCGCAGAGUGUGCCAAACUUUACAAUAAAACCUGGAAAAGGAGAAUACUUAAUUCUCUCCGAAGAUAACCCAGAGCAGAGAGUGAGAAGACCAAUUCUUCCAGUUCCUACCAAGCAGACAGCUGGCGUUUAUAUCUUUAAGAGUAUAUCCGGACAUACUGUGGUGGGCCCAACAAAUAUCCGCCAGGAAUCCAGGACGGACAGAUCUGUUUCUCAGGAUAGUAUCAAGAUCAUGAUGGAUCAUGUGCAAAGUCUUUAUCCAGGAACUAAAGUCGCGUCCUUGUUGGGAACCUACGCUGGACUCCGUCCUGCUACGGAGCAUCAGGACUAUAUGGUUUCUAUUGAUCUAACCAGAGGAUGGAUAACCCUAGGAGGGAUAAGGUCUACAGGCUUAACCUGCUCCUUAGCUCUCUCUCAGUAUAUCUGCUCCCAGAUCAUUCCUGGAUAUUCUCCGUCUCUUGUUCCACUCCUCCCUUCUCCAGUCCUUACCGGAAACAGGGUUAGGUUCGGAGACAAGGAUUAUCUUCCCACUCAUCCUCUCUCUUCUCUCAACCUCUUUGGAUAUAUGUGAAACAGAAAGUAAAAUGUAAUAGCUUCAACAAUUUUAUAAUUUUUUUAUCAAAAUUUGAAUUCA